AUGCCUGAUCAAGACAAAAAAGUGAAGACCACAGAAAAAUCAACCGAUAAAAAACAACAAGGAAUCAUCACCAGGGACUAUUCAGAUCUUAAAAGACUUCUGUGCCUUUUGAACGUUCAGUCAAGCAAACAACAGCUUCCAGCCAUUAACUUCGAUAGUGCCAGAAGCAGCAUGACGAAAUCUGAGCCUGCCAGGGCGGGUGGACACAGAGCUCGAGGUCAGUGGCACGAGUCCACAGAAGCCAUUGAACUUGAAAAUUUUAGUAUAAACUACAAGAAUGAGAGAAAUUUCAGCACACAUCCGCAGCAUAAACUAUUUCAGGAGAUUUUUACAGCCUUGGUGAAAAAUAGACUCAUAUGCAGAGAGUGGGUUGAUCGAGCCCCAUCUCUUCAUUUUCUGAGAGUAUUAAUUUGUCUGAGACUUCUAAUGAGGGAUCCAUGUUAUCAGGAAAUGCUCCAUAGCUUGGGUGGGAUUGAAAACCUAGCUCAGUACAUGGAGAUCGUGGCCCACGGGUACCUCGGCUCCGGGGAGGCACAGCACAGCGUGGACAAGCUGGUCAACAUGACGUAUAUUUUUCAAAAACUUGCUGCUGUCAAAGACCAAAGAGAAUGGGUCACCACAAGCGGAGCCCACAAGACAUUAGUAAAUUUACUCAGUGCCCGAGAUACUAAUGUUCUGUUGGGUGCCCUUCUGGCUCUGGCUAGUUUAGCUGAAAGUCCAGAAUGUAGGGAGAAAAUAAGUGAACUCAACAUUGUAGAAAAUCUGCUGAUGAUUUUACAUGAAUAUGACUUGCUUUCCAAAAGGCUGACAGCUGAGCUGCUGCGCCUGCUCUGUGCCGAGCGCCAGGUGAGAGAGCAGGUGAAGCUCUACGAGGGGGUCCCCAUCCUCCUCAGCUUGCUGCACUCAGACCACCUACAGCUGCUGUGGAGCGUCGUCUGGAUCCUGGUUCAGGUUUGUGAGGACCCUGAGACCAGUGUGGAAAUUCGCAUUUGGGGAGGCAUCAAGCAGAUUCUUCAUAUUUUACGAGGGGACAGAAAUUUUGUUUCUGAUCAUUCCUCCAUUGGAAGCCUGUCUAGUGCCAAUGCGGCAGGCCGAAUCCAGCAGCUUCAUUUGUCAGAAGAUUUAAGCCCUCAGGAAAUACAAGAAAAUACUUUCUCUCUUCAAGCAGCCUGCUGUGCGGCCCUCACGGAACUGGUGCUUGACGACACCAACGCCCACCAGGUGGUUCAGGAAAAUGGUAUAUAUACAAUAGCAAAAUUAAUUUUACGAAAUAAACAAAAGAAUGCAGCAAAAACUAAUCUAUUACAGUGUUAUGCGUUCAGAGCCUUGAGGUUUCUCUUCAGUAUGGAAAGAAACAGACCACUCUUUAAAAGACUUUUCCCCACCGACUUGUUUGAGAUCUUCAUUGACAUAGGACAUUAUGUUCGUGAUAUCAGUGCUUAUGAAGAAUUAGUAUCAAAGUUGAAUUUAUUAGUGGAGGAUGAACGGAAGCAAAUUGCUGAAAAUAUUGAAAGCAUUAAUCAGAAUAAAGCUCCUUCGAAAUAUAUAGGCAACUAUGCAGUUUUGGAUCAUCUUGGAAGUGGAGCUUUUGGCUGUGUUUACAAGGUUAGAAAGUGUAGUGGUCAAAAUCUUUUAGCAAUGAAAGAAGUCAAUUUACAUAACCCAGCAUUUGGAAAGGAUAAAAAAGAUCGAGACAGCAGUGUAAGGAAUAUUGUUUCUGAAUUAACCAUAAUUAAAGAGCAGCUUUAUCAUCCCAAUGUUGUACGCUAUUACAAAACAUUUCUGGAAAAUGAUAGGUUGUAUAUAGUUAUGGAGCUUAUAGAAGGGGCCCCUCUUGGAGAGCAUUUCAGUUCUUUGAAGGAAAAACAACAUCAUUUUGCUGAAGAGAGACUAUGGAAAAUAUUUAUACAGCUGUGCCUAGCUCUUCGGUACUUACACAAGGAGAAGAGGAUCAUCCACAGAGAUCUGACGCCAAACAACAUUAUGUUGGGGGAUAAGGACAGAGUAACAGUUACUGACUUUGGCCUGGCAAAGCAAAAACAAGAAAGCAGUAAACUUACAUCUGUUGUAGGAACAAUUCUGUAUUCCUGCCCUGAGGUGCUGAAGAGUGAGCCGUAUGGGGAGAAGGCUGAUGUCUGGGCAGUAGGCUGCAUCCUUUAUCAGAUGGCGACUCUGAAUCCUCCCUUCUACAGCACAAACAUGCUCUCCCUGGCCACAAAAAUAGUGGAGGCGGUAUAUGAACCAGUGCCAGAAGGCAUCUAUUCUGAAAAGGUGACCACUAUCAUCAGCAGAUGCCUCACUCCUGAUGCAGAAACCCGCCCAGAUAUUGUAGAAGUCAGCUCCAUGAUAUCAGAUGUCAUGAUGAAGUAUGUAGAUAAUUUAUCCGCAUCCCAGCUGGCCUUGGAGAAGAAGCUGGAACGGGAACGGAGACGCACACAGAGGUAUUUUAUGGAAGCCAACCGGAACACAGUCAUGUGUCAGCGCGAGCCGUCUCUGCUCUCUCAAGAAUCCUUUGAGAAGGCAAGCUUGAGUAGAAGCAGCAGUGGAGCAGGAAGCCUGAAAAGUGAGCUUUCAGAAAGCACAGACCUGCCGCCUGAGGGCUUCCAUGCCCCCUGUGAUAAGGACGAAGACCGAGCCAGUGCUGGAAUCUUGUCAGAUGAUAACUUCAACUUGGAAAAUAUUGAGAAAGAUAUAUAUUCAGAGUUCAAUGAUGAAUUGGACACUUUGGAUAACUCCAGCAGCUCCAGUUCAAACCCUUUGAAGGAAUCUACAUUCAUCACUUUAAAGAGAAGUUUUAGUGCUUCAGGAGGAGAAAGACAAUCCCAAACAAGAGACUUCACUGGUGGAAUAGGAUCAAGACCAAGGCCAGCAUCUGCAGGAAUUGCUGUGUCCCAGAGAAAAGUACGUCAGAUCAGUGAUCCUAUUCAGCAGAUCUUAAUCCAGCUGCACAAAAUCAUCUACAUCACUCAGCUUCCUCCAGCUUUGCACCACAAUUUGAAAAGAAAGGUUAUAGAGAGAUUCAAGAAAUCCCUCUUCAGCCAGCAGAGUAACCCUUGUAAUUUGAAAUCUGAAAUUAAAAAGUUAUCUCAGGGAUCUCCAGAACCAAUUGAGCCCAACUUUUUCACAGCAGAUUACAAUUUAUUGCAUCGUUCAUCAGGUCGAAACAGCCUGUCCCCAAAUAACCCAACAGGUCUACCCUCCAGCUUUGAUUUGGAGCAGGGGAUAACAUAUGAACAGAUGCAGAUUGUGAUUGAAGAAGUCCUAGAGGAAAGUGGUUAUUACAAUUUUACUUCUAACAGGUAUCACUCCUAUCCAUGGGGGAACAAGAAUCACCCAACCAAAAGAUGAAAGUGCUGCAUUUUGAAUGGACUUGGUUUUCCCAGUGAAGAUCAAGUUCUGGACUUCAACCACUACUGGCAAGAUGCCCAAAGAUUGGGUGCUGCUAAAAGAGUGUGGAAGAGAAAAGACCAACAUGCCAUGGUGCCUGUAGGACCUCUUUCUGGAGGUCCGGUGCUAAGAGGCUUCAUCCUUGGGACACAUGUAUACAGAAUGACAGAGCUCCCAGUGUGCUCCUGGGAGAAAAUGCUGCAAAAUUCAUCUGUGAGAAGAAAACCCACUCCUUGCAGAACUUUUCUCCAAGUUAAAAAAAAAAACUUGUCAUAUUUUUCAAAGGAAUCUACUUAGA